CCAUCCACAGCCAACAUGAGCAACACCGGCAUGAGCAUGAGGGGCAAGAUCAUCUUCUACGAGGACAGGAACUUCAUGGGUCGUUCCUAUGAGUGCAUGAAUGAUUGCUCCGACAUGACCUCCUACCUGAGCAGGUGCCACUCCUGCAGGGUGGAGAGCGGCUGCUUCAUGGUCUACGACCGCGCCAACUACAUGGGAAACCAGUACUUCAUGAGGAGGGGCGAGUACUCUGACUACAUGAUGAUGGGCAUGAGGGACUGCAUCAGGUCCUGCCGUAUGAUCCCCAUGUACAGAGGAUCCUACAGGAUGAGGAUCUACGAGAGGGAGAACUUCGGUGGUAUGAUGCAUGAGCUGAUGGACGACUGCGACAACAUCAUGGACCGUUACCGCAUGAACGACUGCAUGUCCUGCCACGUCAUGGACGGCCACUGGCUGAUGUACGAGCAGCCCCACUACAGAGGCAGGAUGAUGUACAUGAGGCCUGGAGAGUACAGGAGCUUCAGGGACAUGGGCUACAGCGGCAUGAGGUGGAUGAGCAUGAGGCGCAUCAUGGAUUCCUGCUACUAA